CAGGGAAAGACCGCAACCAAAUGCAAUCGUACAGGCCUAUCCAACUUACCUCUUGUAUGUGCAAAUUACUAGAGAGGAUGAUUGGUAAGAGACUGGCAUGGUACCUUGAGAAAUAUGACCUUAUAUCGACAUAUCAAUGUGCGUUCCGAUCAGGAAAGUCUACUGGGGACCACCUAGUGAGACUUGAUUCGCACAUACGGGAAGGAUUCCUUCACCACUGUUCCACCCUCGGUGUGUUCCUAGACAUUAAGUCAGCAUAUAACAUGGUCUCCCCAACGGUUUUGUUGAAUAGAAUGUAUGAUAUCGGCUUCCGGGGCCAUAUCAUGCAUUUCAUUCGAGGCUACUUGCAAAAUAGGACAUUCCAAGUGAGGUGCGGAGAGGUAUCAGAUACGUUUGAGCAGGAAUAUGGCGUUGUCCAAGGAGGGGUGAUCUCUCCAUUGCUUUUUAAUAUUGUGAUUGACUCUUUGAUUGACGCAAUACCAAGAGAGGUCUCUGCUGCUAUAUACGCAGACGAUUGCACUAUCUGGGCGCAGGGAAAAGAUAUCCCACUUAUAUUUCAGAAAAUCCAAAACGCUUUAACCAGAAUAGGACAGUGGUCAGAGCGGAACGGUUUUGUAUUUUCCCCCAUGAAGACUAACGCCGUUUUGUUUAGAAGAGGUUUAAAACGAGUGAACCAGAACCAACUACCUACUCUCAAACUCAACGGUCACCCUAUUUGUAUUGUGGACCAGGUCCGUUAUCUAGGCGUCUUACUUGAUUCGAAACUGAGCUUAAAUGGGCACAUAGAAUAUGUUAAAGGAAGAGCUCAGAAACGAAUGUCGAUACUGAAAAGCAUUGCCGGAAAAAGCUACGGUGCCGACAGAACUGUGUUAUUACGCAUGUAUAAAUCCCUGAUCCGACCAAUACUCGACUAUUCAUCUUUUAUUUUGGAUGGGCCAGGGACUCGGCUUGUGGAGUCCCUUGAGACUAUUCAGAACACGGCACUCUGCAUUGCCACUGGUGCCUUGCGGACUUCCCCUGUAAGAGCAUUACAAGUGGACACGAACGUGGAACCCCUUAGCAUUAGACGCCGAGACUUACUAGCCCGGUACUACCUGAAAGUAAAAAGUGAUCACAACCACCCCUGCUACCACAUAAUGGAUUUAGACGCUUAUGAACUAUAUGAAGAUCUCUCCGACCGCUACUUGCGGAGGAUAUCGGGUCUCCCAGUAUCACUACGACUGCGAAAGCUUUUUACCGAAAUAGACUAUAAUCCUCCCGACAUAUUGUCUAAGGAAAAUGGUAUUACAGCACCAUGGGUGUUGCACACCGUCCCCACACAGAUGCUCAUCUCUCAAGACAAAAGACAUAUGACUGAGACAGAUAUAUUGACUGCUUUUCACGACCUGAUGGACAAAUACCCGGACCAUAGGAAAAUGUACACUGACGGAUCCAAGCGGAACAACUCAGUAGCAUGUGCUUUCACAGUGAACAGUGCCUUUUUCUCACAUAAGCUGCGUGAUGGGUUAUCUGUGUAUACCGCUGAACUGGUAGCUGUAAGAGAAGCGAUGAAGUUUGUGCGACGUAACCAAGUACCCAAAGCGCUCAUAUGCUGUGACUCCCAAGCGGUUAUCAAGGCUCUCACAGUGCAGAGCCGUGAUCAUCCGGUCUUGGUGGAGAUCCUAGAGAUAAAUCAUAAAAAUGUACGAGAUGGCAUCGAUUGCAUCGUUGUCUGGGUUCCAGGACAUAGUGGCAUAGCUGGUAAUGUCAGAGCUGACUACUGGGCGGGAAAGGCUCAUGAUAAACCUAAUGUGACUGAUGUAAAAAUAGGACAUCGGGAAUUUGUGCCACUGGUGAAGAGUCGCGUCCGUGUGUUAUUUGAAAAUAUGUGGUUAGAUUAUCGUCCAACUCUACUGAAGCAGAUUAAGACAGAUAUAGGACAUUGGAAUUCUAGUGUACGUGCCAGUCGAAAGGAGGAAGUGGUUUUGUGUAGGAUGAGACUCGGACACACUAUUUUAACUCACUCGCAUGUUAUUGACCAACUACCGCCUAUUGUCUGUGAACUGUGUCAAUGUCGCCAAGAUGUUCAGCACAUACUGUUAGAAUGCCGAAAGUACACUGUAGCGAGGAGGAGACUCGCAGCGGCGUGUCGAGAUGUCGGCGUCCGCAUGUCGCUGGGGACUCUCCUGGGAAACGGUGAACCCACGGUGGUGGAUGCAGUGUUCGACUAUCUUCGACAGUGCAACUUAUACGACAAACUCUGAACAAAGGACGUAGAGGCGUUAUGGGUGCUAAGACAUAUCCUACCAAGGCUAUCUCCUAACCAUCGCAAUUUUUCCUCUCCCCAGUCAUUCCUCAUCCCUACCCGGAAACCUGCUUAGUUCCGCUUAGUACCACAACCAUACGCCUACUGCAACUCUGAAGACUGCAAGAGGACAUACCAACUUGGAAGUUGGACGCUUGAGCCAAGCUGCUGCGCGCCCUAACUCUUCAACAACAACAACAACAACCCA